AUGCCCUCUGCCAAGGAAAUGUCCAAGGCCCAGCCAAUGUCCAUCUCCCAGCUUUGUCAGCAGGACUACACCUCAGACGACGAGCUAAACAACAUCAAGCAGGACCUCGACCAAAGCCCCCACGAUCUCGACUCUGAGGAUGACCUGGAUUCGUCCCAUAUGAACAACGGACGCAAUGGCUUUACCAAUAGCCACACUCGCCAGAAUGGUCGUCAGAUCUACAGUCAGUCCUCGGAUAUCGAAGAGGAAUUCGACCAGUUCAGCAACCACAGGCGGCAUACCACCGACGACGAACCAGAUUCUGCAGAGCAGCUGGCAGCCGAGGCCCUCGGCGACAUGGCCAACGUCGGUCGCUCUACUUCGUCUUCGACAUCGGGCUCGUUCAUAGCCCCUGCUGGCCCCUUGCUUUCACGCAUGUCCAGCCUACCGAUCGUCAACUCGGCUCUGCAGGCAUACUCUAAUGGCAAACAGAACAGCAAAUUUAUGAAGUAUGGAGCAGAGAUGGUUGAAUCGGGCGUCAAGUCAUUAUCAAAGCCGGUCUUUGAGAAGCUUGAGCCAACCCUUGGCCAGAUCGAUGAUUUUGCCUGUCGUCAACUGGACAAGGUAUACCAAAAGCCCGAUGUCCAGCCAUUCCCUUCGCCAACAAGCUCUUCUCGCUCUUCGAACGACAUUAUCCGCCCAGACGCCAGCUACUUUGCCCAUCGUUCUCGGAACGAUAGCUUCGACAGCGUGUCCUCUGCUUCCAGCUCUCGGCAAAGCUACGAUGUCCUCCGCUCGCGAAACCCUCGACGUGAAGAAGCCACUCGAAGGCAGCGAUCAGAUUCUCAGUCAAGUCAGCGGCCAUUGGUAUCGUCCACCUACCAAACAUCCAGCACCCACUACAAUUACUCGUCACAGCAGCAGCAGCAGGUUGGAUCUAUCUCGGCUACACCAUCACAGCAGUUCUCUGGCUGGCGCGGUGUCGUUGCCACCGUUGGAUCUGCCUCUGCUGCGGGUGUGGCCAUCUUCAGCGAAGAGAGCAUGAAGAGCUUGAAAUAUUGCCUUCAAUGGCUCCAGUAUGCUGUGCAUCACAUUGACCAUCAAAUUGGAUUGUUGCGCGCAUUCCUUGUUUCUUUGGCAAGCCCAUCAAAGAAUACAGAAAUUGUUCCCUCGACCGCCGCAUCCACCCUGGCGUCCAUCAAGAAAGAGGUCGUUGACACCCUGCGCAAAGUGAUCACCAUUGUUUCGCGCUACGCCGGCGCCUGCUUGCCGGACCCUGCCAAGAUCAGCGUGCGCCAGUUCAUUCUUUCGAUGCCCGUUCGCUGGGCUACUCUCAACAACGACUCCGUGCCCUCAACUCCCAUUGGAUCUCCAUCCCUCGGUCCAGUUGACCGUUCAGCCGAAGACGUUGUCGCGCUGAAUGAAACCUCUGAGCGCGCCACCAAGGUUCUGGUUCUUGCGCAUGAGUCGUCUGAUAUGCUGAAGUCCGUCGCAUCCAUUUUCAAGGACUCUGUGGACAAGGCCGAGAACUGGAUGGACAAGUUGCGAUACGUCGGAAUGAACCCCCAGAACAAUAGCGAGGGCCUCCCUAGCUGGGCACCCACUGGGUUCCCCAGUACAUACAGCAAUACGAUGCCUGGAGGAUUCCCUGGAGCAGGCCUAGAGCAGUAUUCUUUACGCCAAACUCAAUCUCAUUCUGCCAAUGGACAUACUACCCCUACUGGCUCGCCCACGCGCAGUCUAAAGUCCUCGCCACGCCUUGGAUCACGCAACCAGAAUCACUACAGCCGUCAUGCGUACAGACAAAAAAGCGUCAUGUCCGGAGACGAGGACUCUGGAUCGGAAGAGGAUGUUGGCCGCGGUCCUCUCGCAGCCAUGGACGAUGACAGUUCUUUGGACGAGGAGGACGCAUUCUCUCUUGGCGCGACAACCGCCAAUGGCCAUGGACCAAUGAAGCGCAGCAUGGGAUCGUUUACGCACACCCAGAGUCAUCCUGUCCGAAGACGCAAGAAGCGCGGCGAGAGUGCAGAAGUGAUCGCUGGCCUGGGAGUGACUCCUGCCAUCAAUGGCCAUGCGAUCGCACAAGAGUCCAUGUAA